AUGGCACUCCAGGCUAUCAGGCGCUUCGUUCUAGGCCAAACACGCCAGUCUUUCAACUACCCCACAAAUCCGACCGACACUAUCCUACCAGUCUACUACUUUGAUGACACUCCGCUAUUGCGAAACUACGUACAAUGUUCAACGCUCAGAUUCAAUGAUGUUCUUGAUGCGGAGAUGCUCAAGGACUCUUUGUCUCGUGUAAUCGCUCUUCCUGGGUGGAGGAAGCUCGGUGGACGUGUUCGAAUGAAUAACAAAGGAAAACUCGAGAUCCAUAUUCCUCGGGAUUUUGACUCGGAGCGACCGGCUGUUGGGUUCCAUCAUGACACCUUCAACAUCAGCAUCGAUGAGCAUCCUGUUGCAUCUAAACUUCCCAAGCCAACUGCAGAAGAGCCAUCCAUUCAGGACCAACACCCCGAGUUCACUACCCUAGGAGUUCCACUAGGUACACCACGCUGUCUGGAAGAUUAUCUCAAGUCCGAUCAUCCACAGUUGACGCUCCAUAUUGUCUCUUUCACCGAUGCGACACUGGUCUCAAUUUGUUGGCCACAUAUUGCUGUCGAUGGAAUAAGUCUGGGUCACAUUGGCCAUGCUUGGAGCCUUGCUCUGGCCGGACGAAUGUCAGAAAUUCCACCGAUGUUGUCCGCGGGUGAUGAUGCUAUGGCUACUGCUGGACGCGAUCCUGCUUUUACUCAGUCGCAUCCACUGGAAGAACAACAGAUCACUGGCUGGAGGAUGUAUUUGUUCGCGUUUUACUACAUCUUCGACUUGAUCUGGUGGCGCGCGAUUGAAAGCAAGGCGAUCUUCCUGCCAAGAGCCUAUGCCAAACAAUUGCGCAAAAGUGCUCUCGACUCCCUCAGUAAGAAUCAAUCUGAACUUUUUGUUAGCGAGUCAGAUGCUAUCGUCGCAUGGCUAGCCAUCGUGGUUGCUUCAGCCCUCUUCCCAAAAGGCUCGAAUCGCCCAUUGACUAUCGGCAAUGCAUAUGAUCUUCGAGGGCGCGCGCCUUCGUUAUUCCCUGAGCCGGGAGCUUAUAUACAGAACGCUGUUUUCCCGUGCUGGGCUACCCUACCAGCGUCUACAGUCCACCAGCGCGAUAACAGCACCCUAGGGUCAAUCGCAUCAGCAGUUCGCGGUAGCAUUCGAGACCAGACCACUGAAACAUCAAUCCAUGCUCAAGCUCGUCUCACGCGCGAGGCGUUGGAACUCUCUGGUGUACCACCUUUAUUUGGAGACGCGAACCAGUUCACCAUCCAUUUUGCUAGUGUCAAGGCUGAUCUCGCUGAAGCACUCGAUUUUAGUCCAGCGAUCAUGGGCAGACGCGGUUCUCAAUACAAAAAUACCUGGACAUCGUCACCGGGCCAUCCUGUGUACUACCACAUAAAAUGUAUCAGUCCAAAUAAUAUGCUCGCGAGGAACUACUCGCUGAUAUCUAGGACUUCAAGCGGCGAUUAUUGGAUUCAUGGAAACUAUCCUCCACAAGUCUGGAAGACGAUGAAGUCCAUGCUGUUGGCUGUGGAGACAGCAACUGGUCCGCGAUCCGAGUACGCGGAAACCUCGGUCUGA